GACAUUGCUUACGAUUUUUGAAUCGUCGUCAUAAAAUUUAGGAGAUUGAAUUGGCUCUUUCUUUACUAUUCUCCAAAGACUUUACUACUAUUUGGUCAGUCUUCUUAUUUCUCACCUUUAGCUUUAGAUAACCUCUGAUUUUUUCUGAGAUCGUCUUUUUAUUCUUUCUUCGACUUAAAAUCAUUUCAUUUGUGCAAAGAAAUGAUUUUGAAGAGUACCCAUUUAUUCAGUUCUUUCUCUUACGUUUCAAGAUUCAAUUAGGUUGUUUUUCUCAUCCGCCAUUUUCGUUGACUUUUUGAAGCAUUUCUCGAAUUGACUUUGUUCUUCACAUUAGAAACCUUGAAUGUUCUUUCAUAAAGGUCGGAUCUUUUCUUCAGGGCUUGAUUAAUUUCACAUCUAUGUUCUUCUCUGUAUUGUUUUUGAUCCAAUUACUGCUCAAAAUUGAUUCUUGUCAUUGGAUUUAGAUUUAGGGUUUUUGUAUCCCUAGGGAUUUGAAGAUCAAAAACAGAGUCUUUGAGGGAUAGAUAUUUCUGGGGAAAGAAAAUGGCUGCAACUGCAAUGGAGCCAUCUUCAUCUAUAAGUUUCACAUCUUCUCACUUAUCCAAUCCUUCUCCUGUUGUUACUACUUAUCACUCAGCUGCUUAUCUUGAAGAGCUCAGCUCUAACUUGGAGCAGCUUCUCACUAACCCAGAUUGCGAUUAUACCGACGCAGAGAUCAUUAUUGAAGAAGAAGCUAACCCUGUGAGUGUUCAUAGAUGUGUUUUAGCAGCUAGGAGCAAGUUUUUUCUUGAUUUGUUCAAGAAAGAUAAAGAUAGUAGUGCAAAGAGUGAGAAGAGACCAAAGUAUCGAAUGAAAGAUUUGUUGCCUUAUGGAAAUGUGGGACGCGAGGCGUUUCUGCAUUUCUUGAACUAUAUCUAUACUGGGAGGUUGAAGUCUUUUCCUACCGAGGUUUCGACUUGUGUUGAUUCAGUUUGUGCUCAUGAUUCUUGUAAACCGGCUAUUGAUUUUGCUGUUGAGUUGAUGUAUGCUUCGUUUGUGUUCCAAAUCCCGGACCUGGUUUCAUCAUUUCAGCGGAAGCUUUGUAGCUAUGUUGGGAAGUCACUAGUCGAGAAUGUUCUUCCGAUCGUCUUGGUUGCGUUUCAUUGUGAUUUGACGCAGCUUCUUGAUCAAUGCGUAGAGAGAGUGGCGAGAUCGGAUUUAGACAGAUUCUGCAUUGAAAAGGAGCUUCCUUUCGAGGUAUCAGAAAAAAUAAAACAGCUUCGAGUUAAGUCAAUGAACAUACCCGAGAAGGAGGAUAAAUCGUUAGAGAGAACCGGGAAAGUACUCAAGGCAUUGGAUUCAGAUGAUGUGGAACUCGUGAAGCUUCUUUUGACUGAGUCAGAUAUAACUCUAGACCAAGCCAAUGGUCUGCAUUAUGCAGUGGCUUACAGUGAUCCGAAAGUUGUGACCCAGGUUCUUGAUCUGAAUAUGGCUGAUGUGAAUUUCAGAAAUUCCAGAGGGUAUACAGUUCUUCAUAUUGCUGCUAUGCGUAGAGAGCCAACAAUUAUCAUACCACUUAUUCAAAAAGGAGCUCAUGCUUCGGAUUUCACGUUUGAUGGACGCAGUGCGGUUAAUAUAUGUAGGAGACUCACUAGGCCAAAAGAUUAUCAUAACAAAACCUCAAGGAAAGAACCUAGUAAAGACCGCUUAUGCAUCGAUAUCUUGGAAAGGGAAAUUAGAAGGAAUCCAUUGGUUAGUGGGGAUACACCCAGUUGUUCCCAUUCGAUGCCUGAGGAUCUCCAAAUGAGGUUGUUAUACUUAGAAAAGCGAGUGGGACUUGCUCAGUUGUUCUUCCCAGCAGAAGCUAAUGUGGCCAUGGACGUUGCUAAUGUUGAAGGGACAAGCGAGUGCACAGGUCUUCUAACUCCACCUCCAUCAAAUGGUACAACCGGAAACUUGGGUAAAGUCGAUUUAAAUGAAACGCCUUAUGUACAAACGAAAAGAAUGCUUACACGUAUGGAAGCCCUCAUGAAAACAGUUGAGACAGGUCGGAGGUAUUUCCCGUCUUGUUCUGAGGUUCUUGAUAAGCACAUGGAUGAGUAUAUGGACGAAGACAUCCCUGAUAUGUCGCAUCCCGAGAAAGGCACUGUGAAAGAGAGAAGACAGAAGAGAAUGAGAUAUAACGAGCUGAAGAACGACGUUAAAAAAGCAUAUAGCAAAGACAAAGAGGCCAAGAUCGCGCGGUCUUCCAUGAAUCGCGAAGGCCUGUACGAGGUUGACAGUGAUGAUGAUGACGACGACGAUAUCGGUGAAGAUCUCGAAGAAUUAAGACGAGCCUUUAUCGUCACUGAGGCCAAAGGGUUGCCGUCAGAUUCAGAGAAUGACGAAGAAGAUGAUUUGGAGAUGCUUCGGAGUAUUAAGAGUCAAUUAGCUUCGUCGACGACGAAUGUGGGUUUAUCAGUGCCCUCGGAUUCGGAGAGUGAAAACGAUUUUGAAAUGCUUCGGAGCAUUAAGAGCCAAUUGGCAUUGUCGAUGGACGAAGAUGAAGAUGAAGAUGGUGCAUUUGAAACUCUUCGCGCUGUUCGUAGACGAUUCUUUGCUUAUGAAAAUUUCGAUGUGGAAGGAAAUUUCAUGAAUGAUUCUUCACCCGGGAAGAAGAAAACGCAGGUACAUGCCUCGGAUGAUGAACCUUCAACUGAAAUAUUGAGUAGAUCUAAUACUUGUGAAAGCUUUCCAGAUCACGGGAAAUCAGCUGUUACAGAGCCACUUGACCUUUUGGAGACAUGCCAAUCAUCUCUUAUGCCAGCUACAAGUUCAGGUUUCCCUGAAGCUGCACUAGCCUUUGUUGAUGCAAUCCGGAAGAACAGGUUAUAUCAGAGCUUUCUUCGAAGAAAAUUGAGUGAAAUCGAAGCAACGAUUGAGCAGAACGAGAAACACAGGAAAAAUGUUAAGAUAGUUAAAGGUUUUCAAGCUUCUUGCAAGAGAAUUACUAAACAGGCACUUUCUCAAGGGAAAGAUCCUCGAGUCGAGUUAAUCUCAACACCAAAAUCUAGGCCUGAUUCAGAUAGCUCCAAGGGUAAUGAUAAAAAGACAUCUUAUUUGACUAUGGGUCCGCCGGAAAAUGCUUGUGUUGCAAAUUAUAGGAUGGCACUAGAGAAAUAUCCAGUUUCCGUGGAUCGCGCAAAUUGGACUACUAAGGAGAAGGAAAAUCUUGCAAAAGGUCUAAAACAACAAGUUCAAGACACACUCAUUCGUGAAGCUUUUGAACGGUCGAGUGACUUGGAAGGAUCUACAGAUGAUAUAAACACCAUUCUUGAAGGGAUAAAAAGUCUUGAGAUCACACCAGAAAUGAUGAGGCAGUUUCUUCCGAAAGUUAAUUGGGAUCAAUUGGAUAUCAAGAACCGUUCUGCUGCAGAAUGUGAAGCCCGGUGGAUGAGCUCGGAUGAUCCAUUGAUUAACAACGGCCCAUGGACUGUAGCAGAGGACAAUUACAUACGCUUAAUUACCAAAACCAAGGGUUUUACAGACUGGCUUGACAUUGCAGUAUCACUAGGUACAAAUAGGACCCCAUUUCAAUGUUUGGCUCGAUAUCAGAGAAGCUUGAAUCCAGACAUAUUGAGAAAAGAAUGGACUGCAGAGGAAGAUGACCAACUCCGUGCCGCAGUAGACUUGUUUGGCGAGUCAGACUGGCAAUCUGUUGCAAAUAUAUUACAAGGAAGAACUGGAACUCAGUGCUCUAAUAGAUGGAAAAAAUCGCUCCACCCUAGCAGAACAAGGAAACGAAACUGGAGCUCAGAGGAAGACAAACGAUUGAAAGUAGCUGUAACACUGUUUGGAACUAAAAACUGGCGUAAAAUUGCUCAGUUUGUUCCUGGACGGACGGGUACUCAGUGUCUAGAGAGAUGGGGAAAUUCUUUAGAUCCCAAACUUAAAUUUGGGAAGUGGACCAAGGAAGAGGAUGCAAAGUUGAGAGUGGCUAUGAAAGAACAUGGGUAUUGUUGGUCUAAAGUUGCUUCAUAUAUGUCUUGUCGAACUGACUGUCAGUGCGCGAGGAGAUGGAGGAGCUUAUAUCCUCACCUAGCACAUCUUAGACAAGGAGCUAGAAGGUUACAAAAAGAAACUACUAUAGGUAAUUUUGUUGACCGGGAAUCAGAGCGUCCAGAUCUUGUCGUAGGCGAUUUUUUGGCACUAGCCGAGAUAUCUCUUGAGCCAGAAGAACCCGCUCUGAAGAAGAAACGCAAACCAAGACAGAAGAAGGCAGAUGCAGAAUGUGAGAGUGAAGCAUUUUGUGCUGAUACAGAGAGACAACAAAAGAAGCAGAGAAAAGGAUUAGAGAGAUGCUCAGGAGAUGUAUGUAGAAAAGAGAAGGAGACGAAUGAAGACAAUGUAAAGGAGAAAAAACAAAGACGAAAACGCAUAAGUGUUGCAGGAACAUCAAGUAACAGCUCUGUGACCACCAACUGCCCUCAAUUCGAAAUUGGGAUGGUUGACGAUUUCCCAAAGGGUUUGUUUCGAUUCUACAAGCGUGUAUAUGAGGUUGUGGAUGAUCCUUCAUUGGAUUCAAUAAUCUCAUGGAGCAAAAGCAACAAGAGUUUCAUCAUAUGGAAUCACCAAGAGCUAAGGCGUAGAAUGAUAUUUGCCAACUUCCACGGCCCCUUUUUCUCAAACUUCUUCUCCAUGCUUAAGGAAUUUGGAUUUAAAAGAAUCAAGAACGGGUCGGGGCAAUUGGAAUUUGGGAAUACUAAUUUUGUGAGAGGCCAACCUGAGCUUUUGAAGAAGAUGCAGCUAAAGGCUAAUCAUAAAAGAUCGAUGAAAAUUAUGGCCAAGGAAAAAGCAGAGGAAGCAGCGGAUGGCUUGAAGCUUUUACGAGUUUGAUCAACAACCCAUCAUCAUGCUUAUGCUUAUGCUUGCUCUUGUGUGUUUAAGAUGAAUAAACAAACUUAUUCCAUGGGUUUGGGUUUGUUGUUGUUUCAGUUGCUUUCUUGUAUUAAAACACUUUAAUGGAUUUCGUUGUAAUAAUAUCUAUUUGGGAUU